AUGGAGCGCAAAGCUUUCUGCCGACCUGCUGAUGACCUCGACAUCCUGGGCCCGCUUUCGGAUUCUGAUGGCGCGGAGGACCAGAUCUUGGCUCCUCGCCACCAGAAGGCAGUGGCUGCGGCCGCCCGCCGUCGCCAGGGCAGCUUUGCUAACUCCUUCUCACUGAAGGAGAAGGCUGCUCCUAAGCCUCCGAUGAGCCCCGAGCUGCGGAGCUCAGAUCGCCAGCUCUGGGCUGACAUCACAACAGAUGAUGAAGACAAUUUCCCGACCUGGCGCCCAACUCCGCAGAAAAAGACGGAAGAUGUCAAGAUGACCGGUGGAGGUCCCUUGGACAAGUGGUCCUGGAGCACCGCUGCCACCUCUGCGGAUUUAGAAGAAGAGAUCCCAGAGGAUUCUUCCCCAGCCUCCACCAAGGGCAAGGUUGAUCGUACCAGCUUCUCUUCGGUUGGCAGUGAUGUCGCAGACAUCGCUGACCUCCCUCCUCCUAUGCCGGUGGUGCAGGCCCCUCAGGUGGUGCAGGCCCCUCAGGUACAGGCCCCUCCGCCAGUUGCGGUUCCUCAGCGCAUGGCCGUUCCAAUGCAAGUUGUGAACCCAGCUCAGCCGCCAGUGCAGCCUCAGAUGCAGCCCCCAGCACAGCCCCAAGUUCAGCAGGGGAUGAUGGUGGCUUUGCCUGCCAUGCAGUACAUGCCUCUCGGCAUGGGCAUGGGGAUGCUGCCAGUGGCUAUGGCUGCCAUGCCGCACUUCCCGCUGCAGUCGCUCGCCGCCAACACUCCAGCCAUGCUCAGGACCGUUCCUCCUGCAGAGGAGAAAGAGGAGGAGCCGCUUGCUCGACCGCUCCAGCUGUCAGGGGCUCUGCUGGCAGGACCCCCUUUCGGAAGGUCGCACCGCUUCCACCAGAAGAACACCACCAUGGGAGUUUUGGACGACGACGCCCGCACAUUCACGAAGAAGCACAACAAGGGCCGGCUCAGCAUUGUCUGCGAGAACAAGGUUCACUUCCAUGGCAAGGUGCGCUACGCAGUGCAGUUCACCGACGGUGAACUCUGCAGUGCUGAUGGCGUCGGCUUCAUCCUCUCCUCGGACCUGCCCUGCACCAAGAACAUUCAGAAGAUCGUCUCGAUCUUUGCCAACAGGACUGGCAGGAUUUGCAUUCGCGUCUACGACGAGGUGGAGCGAUGCCCGCAGAGGGUGAAGUGCCUGGAAGUGGGUGACUGGCUGGAGGUGAACGCUGACUUGACGCAGCAGACUGUGAGCUUCACAGUUUGGCCGAAGGACAACUCAGAGCCUUCGUUUGCGACCGUUUCCUUCAAGGAGACUUUGAACAAGGCUCGCGGGCGCGUGAACGGCCUCCCGCGCAAUCCUUGCGGAUACUUGGCUGCCGUCAUCAAGCACGUCGGCGUGUCCGUGACUUUUGGCUCCUGA